CACCAAAUUACUUUAAUAACCACAAAUUUCAAUAAUUGGAACCAAAUCUAAAAAUACACUGACAUAACGUUUCAAUACAUGCAUAGUUUGAAUGUUUGUUGAAAUCGGAAAAAUCACUAGAACGGGUUCAAAGCCCUUUUUUGCUCUGUUUUUUUAUUUUUUUUUAUUUCAAAGCCACUGAUCGUCAUUUGCAUUUUUGAGACAAUAUCUAAUUCUUCACACUGAAAUGUACCGUACUCAAAUCAAUUGUUUAAAAUUUUCAAUAAGAAAACAAAACCAAACUAUGUGGGUUUUAUGUGUGUUGAAAUAUGCUUAUUAUACUGGCCCAACUCUUGAGGGCGAGGGUAUAAUUUCUAGGCAUAGAAUGGAAUGGAAGCUAUACCAUGCCAGCCGAUAAAUUUUUUCUCAGAAAAUCUACAUGUAUAAUUUUUAAUUAAAAAUCAGAUAUAUGGCACCACGAACAUUAGAUGAAAGUAAUGUCAGCAGAAUGAAUCGAUAUAUUGGUCGAUUUAGGGAAGAUAUGGGAAUAGGUAGCAAAAAUUAGAUGGUCUAAAAACCAGACAGGUCCUAUUCAAACUGAGUUGAUUUCAUAUUUGAUUCUUUAGUAAAACUGUGCUGAUUAUUGAAAUUUCAAGAGGCCCCAUUCCUUACAAAUCAGUCCGGGGAUGUUUUGUGAUGUGUACAUACUUAUAGACAAACUGUCUCUCACACAUGAGUAGCUUCGCUUUUCUUAUUAAACCUGAAAGUAUGUCCGGAACCUUUGUUUACAAUGUGCAGUGCCAGAUUAACCAUGGUUGGGGCCUUGAGCAUGUGGGGGCCCUCAACCUAACACAAGUGACCAGAACUUAUUCAGUAUUAUUCCACAGUUACACUAAUCAAACCUAAUUUGAAGUCGGUCAGUGAUACAGAGAGUCAUAUCCUAAUGUCUGAGAGUUAUUUAUUUUGGUAGUUCCUCAACCUCUUGUUGAAGGAUCUUGUGUUUUGCUCCAAAUCAACAGUCUAUGUAUUAUUUUGAAAUUUCUACCAUUAGGCAUAUUUAAGACUUGUGCAGUCCAAACCUUAUCGUGGGUAAUAACAUCACAACCUUCACAGGAUUCAAAUCUGAAUAGCUAAAUUUGUUAACACAUAAUUGAGUGUGGUAUUUUUAAAAAGCUGUAUUUAUUGUGUUGCAUCUUUCAUCAUCACAAUAAUUGGUGAAAACGCACAAACUGUUGUGUCAUGAUUAUUAAAAAAAACAGGCCCUAAAAGCAAAAAGAAAAAAACUCUGUCUCUGGCCCGAGAAAUUGAGAUAUUUUGUGUUAUUCACAUCUAUUGUUAUCGGUACAAUGUUAUUUUUUCAGAUGGUGAAGCUUGAUAUAGAUCCACUCAUAAAGAAGUUAGAUGAUAUUGUUAAAGAGAUGCAGAAAUAUUUUAGUGACAGUCAACAUUCUUAUUUUGGACAAUCAUUGUUUUUCCUUUCAAUUGCCAUACACAAAGCUCUGCCCCUUGACUUGCACAAAGUAAUAAUGCUCGACUCUGAUUUAAAGUUUAAUGCUGAUAUUAAAUAUUUGUAUGAGCUCUUUUCACAUUUUUCAACUGACAAUAUAAUAGGAAUAGCUCACGACGCUCAGCCUGUUUACAGACAUACAUUCUCAAGCUAUCGCAGUCAAAAUCCCGGAACACGAGUUGGUGAACCUUCCCCAGAUGGUUUAACAGGAUUUAAUAGUGGAGUUUUGUUACUUGAUUUGGAUCGUAUGAGAAAAUCAGCUUUAUAUAAUUCUUUGCUCAAUCCCAACAUAAUAAAAAAUUUGACUGAAAAAUAUCAAUUCAAAGGUCACUUAGGUGAUCAGGAUUUAUUUACGCUGCUUUCACUGGAUUAUGAAAAAUUAUUUUAUGUGCUCCCAUGUUCAUGGAAUAGACAAUUGUGUGUUUGGUGGAGAGAUAAUGGAUAUAAGGAGGUGUUUGAUUUAUAUUUCAAAUGUGAGGGAAAAAUAAACAUAUAUCAUGGUAACUGUAAUACUCCUAUUCCUGACUGAUACUUUUUUAUUAAACAUACAUUAUGCAAGAGCUAAAUCUGCCUAUUGCAGGUCUUUCUGUAGGCCUGAAAUGUUAUCUAAAUUAUUAAUUAGACAUUAACUUAUCCAGACCAUAAUCACCUCUCGAUGCCAUCACAAGCCUGCGAUAUUUACUGAUUUGAAUUCAUUUUGUGACGGAUGAUUUAAAUCAAAAUGGAUAAUUGAGACUGUUUUUUAUCGUACCGACUUCAGAAAAGAUGAUCUGAACGUGGCUAGGCCUAAAAUUCAAUUGUUAAUAUCUCAGUUUAGAGUGCAGCAAGUUGACUGAAAUUUUCAGCAUAUUCUCUUUACGUUAUCUAUUGAAAAAUAUGAAAUUGGUACAAAUCAUUAUUACUAUACACUAAAAGAAUAACAUAGUAAUAGUUUCUCAAAAGAUACCUAUUCCUAUAUCAAUUUUGUAUUGAUUCCAUUUCUUAAUUAGAAAUAAAGCAUCCCAUUAUUAAGACAAUAACCAUUACUUCCCCCUUAACUAUACUCCUCACAGUUUUUCAUUUGAUUAGUUACUAUGACAUGAGUGAUGUCAUUAUGUACAUCAUUAGACCUUCUUUUAUAAAUUGCUGGUCUGUCAUUUUCUGCUUAAAUUUCAUCAAUUACUGAAUGAUUUCCAAUCUGAUUAAAAUACAGAUCUAUAUUUUUUUUUUUUUUUUUUAUUAUUUACACUUUCGAUGGCCUACACUACAUGAAGAUCUGAUAAGUUGUACUGGGAGGUCGCAUUAAGGGUCAUAUGAGCGAAACGAAAUAGGAUCUGUGUUUUAAUCAGACUGAGUGAUUUCUGAAGAGGUAACAUUUACAGAGCCUAUAUUUUAAAAGGAAUGUUAUGUUAUUAACAGUAUGCAGUUUUAUCCAUUUUGUUUUAAAUAACAUAGGUUCAUAUGAAGGCUAUAGGACAGAAAGACUGAACAAAUAAUAAUAACCUAUUCCUGUAACUUUUAAAGAAAAAUAUUUAUGAAUGCACCCUGUUCAUUGACUACCUCAAUCUGAUUAAAACACAGAUCCUAUAGUUCAAAAUUUCAUUUUACUUGUCUUCACAACACUGGAGUCUGGAAGAGUUGUUAUAUAACAGGCGAUCUAGUUGAUGUGAGGAAUUAGCCAAUGAAACGGUCUUCUACGGCGAAUGAUUAAACCCCUAAAAAUGUCAAUGCUGAUUGAUUAAUCAAUGUCUGGCGUCAUAGGGUCAAAAGCCGAUUGUAUGACACCUGACGCGACCUCCCAGUACAACUGGUCAGAUCUUCAUGUAGUGUACAUACUACAUACGUAGGCCAUCGAAAGUUUGCAUUCUUAAAAUCUUGCGGUUUAAUUUCACAAAAACGAAAAAAAAAACCCAUAAUUUUAUUUUAAAAUAACAAUUUAAUAAAUAAGAGUACAAAUCUUGGCUAUAAAUUAUUAAUAUUAUGCAUCACUCUCUGCUACUAUAUUUGCCUAAAUUAAAUUACAGACUAAUUAGAGAUUAGAUAAGGAUCAACUGAAAUUUUUUCUUUUUUUAAACUUGAAGUAAAUUGAUUGUAAACUAAUUUAAAAUUGGUUAAAAAAUCUUUAUCUGUUUACACUUUGUUGAAGAAAUACUAGCUUCCAAGUUACAACAUAUGCCCGGACAAUCAUAUCUGAAGCUAGUGAUUGAGACGAUUAUGAAGUCACUUAUACAACUGAAUAAUGUAAUAUCUGGUAUUUAGUUACGUAACAGUUAUUAAAAUCUAGCAAUCAUUUCCAAAUGCUCAGUAUUAUAAGCUACACAACUUUCAGUUUAGCAUUUGAUUGGCAAACCUGUGAAUCUGGUGCUGAUCCUUUAGAAAUGAGUACAAACUAUGAACUUACUGGUCAGUUGUUGACAUAAAAUAAUAUACAUGUAUAUAAAAUAUUUUAUAUCUGGUUAUAUUUUUGUAUUAUUGUAUCAUAAAAUGAUAUAUUAUUGUAUCAUAAAAUGAUAUAUUAUUGUAUCAUAAAAUGAUAUAUUAUUGUAUCAUAAAAUGAUAUAUUGUUAAAUCUAAUUUUUAUAUGAAUAAACAUUCCACCUGCAGAAAUUCCCUUAUGUUUUAGUUUAAAACAUUCUCUGAACCCAAUGUUCUGUUAUCCUUGCUUGAUCAACCAGGCACAUGCCAAAAUAGAUCUUGCAGUUACAACAAUUUUAUUAGCAGGGGGUAUUGUAGACCACUGAAUUUUAUCAUCUAUUAUGGUUGUUUCGAUAAGGUAAUUAGCCUAAGGAUGCUGAAUGUUUUCAAAUUCUUAAUACAUCAUAUCUUUGUGAACAUUUUUCAAUGGAACUGAUAGUCUUGUAAGAGAUUCAACUUUCACAAUAAUGUAGUUUACUAGGGAUUAAAAAUACCUUAAGUACCUACGUAUAUAUAUAUACAUUAGUUUGUUUUACAUAUGUCAUAAAUAAUGAUUAAAGUAUACAUAAAAAACAUAGCAUUGCUGGGCAACAAAUGACGCCCAUUAGCAACAUUACGAAGUCUAGAUGGGGCUGGGGCAAUAACUAUGACUAAAAUUGACAUGCGACUCCUUAGGACCAGCCGAACAAUCCUAGCAAAUAAGAAUAAAAAAAUCUCCGGAACACUGAUCUUAAGAAUUUAGAUGCACUGAUAGACUGGGUGAUGAUAAAAUCCUCGAACAUGAAAUGUGGGCAUAUAAUAAGAUAUCUUUAAAUAUAAAAUAAAUAAUGGAAUUAAAUAAUGUAGUCUGUAAAGUAUUAAAAUCAGCAUAAAUCACAUAUUUAAAUAUCACAGUUGUAGGAAAUGAUGUAUCACAGUUUCAUAAACAUAAAAAUAGUAAAUUUUAAAUAUAACAAGACUAUAACAAAUAGAACUAGUUGUAGAAAAUAUUUCUGCUUCAUUACCUUUAAAUAAAUAUAGUAAUAAUAAUCAUUUGGUAAAUUUUUUUGUGAGACAAUAUCAAAUAUGGAGAUCAUUAUAUAAUAAAUUUGGUAAAUUACACUAGAAUAAGGCAAUAAAGAAUAGUAAUACUCAAACCAUUCUACAUUAUAGUUCACUAUUCAUGGCAGGGUGUCAGUUUAACUCCUAAUACAAGUAGCAUAGUGAAGCCCUUAAUGCUGGAAUGAAUUCACAGAAUAAAAUUUUAUAUAAAAAUUAA